AUGGAGUUGUUCCUGGAAAUCAAUGAGAAGACAGGGAGGAAUCUUCAAGGCUUGAAACAACAUUUACUUUCCCAAUCCGGCAAGGAAGUUAUGAUCAAAUCAGUUGCUCUCUCCUUGAAUACUUAUGCCACCUCCCAUUUCAAACUGCCAGCUGCUUAUCAUACUAAACUCCGCCAAGAUCUCACCCACUUCUUUUGGGAAGGACAUGAAGGAAGAAAUCAUAUUUGUUGGAUCUCAUGGCGUAGAUUGUGCAAGUCAAAGGAGAGGGGAGGUUUGGGUUUCCGAGAACCACAGUUACAAAAUAAAGCUCUCCUCGGAAAGCUUGCUUGGAGAUUGUGGAGUGAUCCCACCUCAUAUUGGGCAGAGUAUUUGAAGCAGCUUUACUUUCCCCACACAACCUUCUUAGAUGCCUCUCUAGGCUCCAACCCUUCAUGGGCUUGGAGGGGGAUUUUAGAAGGUCACAAGGUUCUGACUUCUUCGCCUCAGUAUCGACCUCAACAGAGAGUGUUUGUGGCUGAGCUGAUUGAUGAAGAGAAUCAGACCUGGAGAAUGGAUCUAUUAAGGGAGCUAUUUCACCCUGAAGAUGUGGCUGCAAUUAUUAAGAUCCCCUUGAGUCUAUUCCUUGAAGCCGAUCAUCAAGUCUGGGGAGAACCAGUUAUGCCCAUAUCUCUAAGGAGGUUUGGAUCCAGAUAUGGAAAUGCUCGACUCCCCCCAAAAAUCAGGAAUCUUUUAUGGCGAGCAUGUUCAAGUGGUAUUGCUUCAAGAAUAGCACUAUCUCAGAGGAACAUCUUGGUAGGUACAGCUUGCCCCAGAUGUGGUCACCCUGAGGAAACGGUAGACCAUUUACUUCUUGACUGUGCCUUUGCUCGGGCAGCCUGGUUUGGAUCAAAGCUUGGGUUCUCUCCUCCUCCUGAUAAUCCUCAACUAUCCUCAGUUAUUCAAUCUUGGAUUGAUUGGUCUAGAGUGGAAAAGAAGCAAGGUCAAGAUAUAGCAGGUUUGGCUGCUUAUAUGUGUUGGAACCUGUGGAAAGCUCGUAAUGCUUUAGUUUUCAAUGGAGUGGAAGGGUCCCCCCUUGAGGUUAUUAGUAUCUCUGAAAACCAGUUCCAGGAGUACAAAGCAGCUCUUCAAAAGCCUGCAUACACUGCUCCUCGAUCUACUUUUGAACUGCAACAGGAACUACCUACCUAUUGCCGGCCUCCCCCUCUAAAUGGUUUUAAAUUAAACAUUGAUGCUGCCUUCUCUAAGGAUCAUAGCAGUCUUGGUUAUGUCAUCAGGAACGAUAAAGGCUCGAUCAUCGUGGCGGUUUCGGAACCUCUGCAAUUUGCCUCAAUCCUGCAAGGCGAAGCUCUAGCCAUCCGUCAUGGUUUGAUUCUUUCCAUCUCAGAAGGUGUUGAAUGGCUUCAGGUUGAGUCAGAUAAUCAACAGGUGAUCCGGCUCAUCAAUUCAGAUUCACCUCCGCCCUUUGAGAUAGCCUCUAUUGUCAAGGACAUCAAACUUCUAAUGACUUACAUUAGAACUUGCUCUUUCUCCUUUAUUCCCGGGGAGAUUAAUAGCGUGGCUGACUCCCUCGCCCGGAGGGCUAAGUCCGUAGCGGGUACGACUUCUUGGCCUGUAUCCACUCCUUGGUUGUAG